AUGUUGUCGGUGCCACGACUGCGGUACAUCGGUGCCGCCGUCGGCGUUCUCUUCCUUUUCCAUCUCCUCGCAAGCAUCCACCCCACAUAUAGAGACAAGACCAGCUUCGGGCUCCUUCCAAGUGGAUGGCGGGAUGAACCAGCCCAUCUCAGCUCAUCGCUCGCAUCUGGCCCGGAAGCGGGCACAGUCGCCCCCAUCCCGAGCACAGAGGACCUGCGUGCCGCCAAGGACAAGAUGGACAACCGGCGCAAAGCCAAGGCCGUUUUCGUGAUCUUGGCGCGCAACUCUGACCUGACGGGUGUCAUGCAGAGCGUCAAGCAGAUGGAGGAUCGGUUCAACUACUGGGCCAAGUACGACUAUGUGUUCCUCAACGACGACGACUUUGACGACACUUUCAAGGAGCUCACGCAAAAUGUCAUCGGGACCAAGGCGCACUACGGCAAGAUCGAGAGCGACCAUUGGCACCAGCCGUCGUGGAUCGACGAGGAGCGCGCCAAGGCUGGCCGCGAGGAGAUGAUCCGCAACAAGGUCAUCUACGGCUUCAGCGUGCCAUACCGCAACAUGUGCCGCUUCAACUCGGGCUUCUUCUUCCGCCACCCCCUGCUCGCCGACUACGACUACUACUGGCGCGUCGAGCCCGACGUCCAGUUCUUCUGCGACAUCGCGUACGACCCCUUCCUCACCAUGCAGGACAACGGGUACAAGUACGGCUGGACGCUCUCGCUGUACGAGUACGAGCUCACGAUCCCCACGCUGUGGUCCGAGACCAAGAAGUUUAUCCAGGAGAACCCCCAAUACAUCCACAAGAACAACGCGCUGUCGUGGAUCUCGGACAACGGCGGCGAGAGCUACAACCUGUGCCACUUCUGGUCCAACUUUGAGAUCGGAGACCUCAACUUCUGGCGCUCGGACGCCUACAUGGCCUACUUCAACCACCUCGAAAAGGCCGGCGGCUUCUACUACGAGCGCUGGGGCGAUGCGCCGGUACACUCGAUCGCGGCGGCCCUCUUCCUCGACCGGAACGAGAUCCACUGGUUCCAGGACAUCGGCUAUCGCCACGAGCCAUUCCAGCACUGCCCGCAGGGCGAGUUCCACUCGCGCGGCAAGUGCUGGUGCGACCCGAAGGACAACUUUGACUUUGAGGGGUACUCGUGCACAGCUCGCUGGAUCGACAUGAUGAAGUAG